ACUCUCACUCAGUCUCGUUCGUUCACUCUCUCAAGCUGGCUCCACGGCCGGCGCUCCCCUGCUCUCCACUGCCCACCGCUGCUGUCCUUCACCUCCGCCUCGCCGUCCGGCAACGCAGCUCACUUCGCCUCCUCCUGGUCGACGCAACUCCGGUCAUCUUGCCCUCUCACCAUGGCGAUGGCGGCUCCCACCCGGAUCUGAACCAGCCGCACCCUACCGCCCGCCGCCGGACAGCAGCAGCAGCUAGGUAGGCGUCACCGGCGACGGCAUCCGUCACCGGUAGGAAGGCAGCAUCCAUCACCGCCAGACCUCCGACGCACCGUGCCACCGACGCACAGUAGCAGGCCUGCUGUGCUGCGACCCAACCCCCAAUUUGAAGCAACUAGGUGCUAGGCAGCGGCAGCGGCAUCUGUCACCGGCAGGAAGGCAGACAGGCAGCAUCCCAUCACCGGCGUGCUUGCGACAACGCGCCGCAGGUCGUCCAUCUCUGCUUCUGGCCCGAGGAUGGCCGACACUGCCCUCGGCGUGGUGCAAUGGGUGGUGAGCAAGGCGCUAGCCACCGUCACGGAUAUCUUCCAGGAGGCUUGGGAGGGCACCAGGAUGUUUGGUCCCAACGUUGAGGCCCUCAGGAUGGAACUGCUGCUCGUCAAGGCCACGCUCGAAAAUGCUGCCUGCAAGGAGAUCAGCGGUCCAGCCAUGGAGGAGCUGUUGCAGAUGAUGCGGGACUCGGCGCACAAUGCUCAAGACUUGCUGGACGAGCUGGACUACUUCCGCAUCCAGGACAAGCUCCGCGGCACAUAUGAGGCUGCCGACGAGCACGGCGAGGGUGGUGUCCAGCACCUUGCCCGUGAUGUUCGCCACACUCGCAAAUCUAUUAGCAAACGGCUGGCAUCUUUCACCGGGUCCUGCUUUGGUGCCAAUGCUCGCCAUCCCCAACAAGAAGAUGCAAGACAACAUGUCAGCUGUUGCGCUUGGCAGCAUGCUAGGCACAUAACACGCGGCGAUUCCUCCUCUGCGCCAAACGCCAAUCAGGCUGAUCAGGAGGUCUCCCCGCAUCCACAUGUUCAUGGUAAUGAAGAUCGUGACAAUGCACCAGAAACACCAAUACCAGAGUUUAAUAGGCCUGAUUUCUCUCAAAGGAUGACUACCAUUGUAGAGAAACUGCAGCCUGUGCGUAAUGAGGUUGACAAGAUUUUGCAACGUUAUGACCGUAGAAGUGUUCUUCACAUUGCCCAGAGCCGUCCCACCACCACACCUCUGAGUGCAGAGCCAAAAAUGUAUGGGAGGGACCAUGUCAUGAAGAGUAUCAUAGAUGAUAUCACGGAGGGGCAAUACAGUGACAAGGCUCUAACUGUGCUUCCAGUUAUUGGUCCGGGGGGAAUUGGGAAGACAACUCUGAUACAACACAUAUAUAACAACCAGCAAGUGCGGAAUCAUUUUCCGGUCAGGAUUUGGAUAUGUGUGUCGUUUAAUUUCAACCUGGGUAAGGUGCUAGAACAGAUUAAAGAAUAUACCCUUGCGGCUGAAGGUGAAAAUGGGUGUAUGAGACCAGAAGAGCUGAUUGAACACAGAUUGAAAUCCAAGAGGUUCAUACUUGUAUUGGAUGAUAUAUGGCAGUUUACUAAUGUGGAUGACUGGGAAAAACUAUUAUUGAUACUCGGCAAGUCACAAGAAAAGGGCUCCAUGGUUCUAGUCACAACUCGGCAGAAAGAGAUAGCAGAUCAAGUUAAGAAAAUUGUAGAGCCAAAAGAACUGAGUGGUUUAGAACCUGAAGAGUUUAGGAAGUUAUUCCUUGUUUAUGUCUUUGAUGCAGAGCAAUAUCCCAGUGAAAAACUUCAUUUGCGUGAGACUGGAGAUAAGAUAACAGAAAAACUAAGGUGCUCCCCUCUUGCAGCAAAGACCGUUGGUAGAUUACUGAGGACAGACCCUUGUUUGGCUCAUUGGAAAAGGGUCCUAGAAAGUAAAGAAUGGGUGAAGCAGACCAAUGGCAAUUGGAUUAUGCCUGCUUUGGAGCUUAGCUAUGACUUUCUCCCUUUCCACCUGCAACAAUGUUUUUCCUAUUCUGCAUUGUUUCCUGAAGAUUACCCUUUCAGAAGCCGUGAGCUCAUCAGCCUGUGGAUUGGACUAGAUAUUUUGAUACUUGAUGGUCAAAAUCAAACACUUGAAGACAUAGGUUUCAGAAAUUUACAGGAGUUAGUCAUCCAUGGAUUUUUCAGAGAAGAGCAAAUUGAUGGUGAUCGGUGUUAUGUUAUGCAUGACCUGCUGCAUGAUUUGGCAUUGAAGGUUGCAUCUCAUGAUUGCCUUAGUUUACGUUUCCCUGAUGUUGGAUCAGUAAAAAUUCAGCCUACAACCCGACACUUGUCUAUUAGCACAGAGGACUUGGAUAAAUAUGAUGCAGUGUCUGGUGAAAAAUUAAAGACUAAAUUGGAAAAACUGAAGACAACAGUGAAGGUUGAACAUUUGCAAACACUGAUGUUAUUUGGGGAAAUGGAUGAAGGUUUUGCCAAGAUACUUGGUGAUUUUUUUGGGGAAGCAAAUGCUCUUCGUGUUCUUUAUUUUCCCCACCUGAUGUGCCCCAUGGAGUCUGUGUUACAUACCUUUUCAAGACUUGUCCACCUACGAUGCCUAUGUCUAGGAACACGGAUGAGACAGAUGCAGUUACCACCUAACAUCUCUAAAUUUUAUCAUUUAAGGGUUCUAGAUCUUGAGAGGUGGGGUGGCAGUGGUGAUUUCCCCGAAGACAUGUGCAACCUUGCAAAAUUGUGCCACUAUUAUCCCCCAAGGGAUGAUGGGCUUCAGUUUGAUAUUUAUAAUGUGGGAAAACUUAAACUCUUAGAAAAGUUAAUGGUAUUUCGUGUCAAUAAAAAGAAUGAAGGAUUUGAACCAAAGCAGCUUGAGCAUUUGACCAAGCUAUGGGAGCUUGGCAUCUACAACCUUGAGAAAAUACAUACAAAAGAGGAGGCAGCUCAAGCAAAGCUGGUUGAGAAAAAGUGCUUGAGGAGGUUAAAAUUGGACUGGGAUAGUGAGCAAUCUAGCAUUGAGCCUGGUGUGGAAGCAGUGGUUCUUGAGAGCCUUAAACCACAUGGAAAUCUUCAAGUACUGUGCAUUAGAGGGCAUGGAGGCCCUUCUUGUCCAACAUGGCUGGGUGAUGUGUGGGAUCUUCGUGAACUAAGGUUGAAGGAUAUGGCAAGACUGAAGGAGCUUAUUAUAGGGAAAAGCUUUUUCAUGCUAAUAAAGCUUGAACUCAUUGGCCUAGCAAGUUUUGAAAAAUGGCUUUACACAAGUAAACCAGAGUCUUCCCUAGGUGGAGACGUGUUGCCAAGGGAUGCUCAUAUCUUUCCUGCUUUGCAAGUGCUGAUUAUCAAAAACUGCCCGAAAAUCGAGUUUCCGGUUUCAAACAACAUUCUUUACCUAGAUUGGUUUCCCAAACUACAAGAGCUUGAGAUACGGUACUGUCCAGAAUUCUCAUUCGUGAUUCCAAUAUCCCGGAUUGAAAGUCUGCGUCGUGUCACGAUCAAAGGUGUCAAGCUACUAGAAAAAUUUGAGUACACAAAAUCAUCUGAUGGAGCAGAAUUGGAAAUUAUUGGAAAGGGUGAUCUGCAUAGCUUAGACCAAGUGUUAGUUUUCGAUGAAAAAACAAGUCUUGAGAAACUGACACUCCAGGGGUGCCCACCUCUAGAGUUAAAGCACCUUAUGAUGUUAAGCUCGUUGAAGAAAUUGAUUGUAAAAUGUUCAGUUAGUCUGGUUGGACCACUAAGAGGUCAGAGUAAUGGGAAAUGCCAUCUCCCUGUUGAGUAUAUGAGGAUCGAGUGGUUAAAAGGUAUUAGUGGAAAGGAAUUGACGGAGCUCCUCCCCCACCUCCCAAUGCUCUCCAAACUGGAAAUAAUUCGUUAUCGAAGAAGGGAAAUGAUGUUUUCACGGCGGUAUCAGCAACCAAUGGAGAUGGAGGAAGAUGAAGUAACAGCGGCAGAAGGGGAAGAUGAUGAUGGGACACUGCUCUUCCCAGCUUAUCUCUCCGACUCACUACAGGAUGCUCAUAUGUUCCCUCUUUUGCAAGUGCUAAUUAUUAGAGAUUGGCCGAAGCUCUUGAGGUUCCCUUUCUCAAACCACAUUGUUUCCCCAGAUUGGUUCCCCAAACUACAAGAGCUUGAGAUACAAGGCUAUCCAGAAUUCUCAUGGGUGAUUCCCAUCUCCUGGAUUAACAGUCUGCGUCGUGCCACGAUAAAAAAUGUAAAGUUACUACAGGAGUUUGUGUACUCAAAAUCAUCUGGUAGAGCAGAAUUGGAAAUCGUUGGACGGGGUGAUCUGCAUAGCUUAGACCAAUUGUUAGUUUUCGAUAAAGAAACAUGUCUUGAGAAGCUGACACUGCUGAGGUGCCCACCGCUGGAGUUGAAGCACCUUCUGAAGCUAAAAUCGCUGAAGACAUUGAUUGUACACCUUUCAGAUGGUCUAGUUGGACCACUAGUAGGUCAGGAUGAUGUGGAAUGGCAGCUUCCUAUUGAGCAUAUCGAGAUCUACAACAUAAAUGGUAUUAUUGGCAAGGAUUUGACCGAGCUACUCCCCCACCUCCCGGGGCUCUCCAAAUUGAAAAUAAGUGAUUGUGAAAACAUAAAAAAGCUGGUAGUGGGGGUGGGUGUGCAACAAACAGCAUCAGAAGCAUCAGAGAUGGGGCGAGGUGAAAUCGUGUCUGAUGCAUCGCAGGCUCCUGCGGAGAAGGGGUGGGUGGAGGACGGGGGCCGGCAUCGCCCGAGGCUGGAGAAGCCAUCUGCCCUGCCCCGCAAGAAGAAGGACGACCGCUCCCUCGCAUUCAAGCGGAGAGCUUACGGACUCUGCUUUCGUUGCUUGGCGGAGGACCAAUUUGUCGCCGAUUGCCGAGUCCUUGUCACCUGCCUGGGUUGCAGCCACUCUGGCCAUCGCGAGCGGGACUGUCCGGGACGCCUUCCUGCUAGUCAAGGUCGCCACCGCUGCUCCAUGUUGCCGCCAUCUGCUCCUGGCCUCCCCAACCACCAGCCCCCAGCUUCCUCACAACAAUUGCAGCAGCGCUCGUGGGCCGCCGUGGUUGCUUCUCUGACGUGGCUCGUUCAGGAGGCCCUUUGUAGCAACUUCGGUGUCUCUGGGUCAGGUCUGUCCGAUCCCGGCAAGACUACCUUUGCUGCUGAUCUGGGGUUGCAGCAAUCCCUUUUUGCAGCACAGACCGAGACGCUGCGAGCUGAACUGCAGGCCCUGGUUACCGCCCAUGUGGAGGAGGUCGUUCAACCUCUCCGCGACAUGGCGGUCGCUCUGCAGGGAUGGGCGGCCCAGGUCUCAGGCUUCUUGGAGCGGCUGGAGGUUAUUAGUGACAGAGUUGUUGCUUCGUCGGCCAUCAUCCCUUCCUUGGUGCCGAUGGGUCCACCUCCUCCCUGGUGUGACCAUGAGGAAUCGUUGCCUCCUGUUGUUGCUUGCGGUAAGGAUAUCAGUGAUACGGGCGUGGCCGGUUGCUCAUCCGAGGUACUGGCUACUGUGGCUCUACCUGUAGAUGUUCCUCCUCAUUUGGAUCUAGCUCUGCACAGGAUGGUUACUCAAGGUGAGAAGGCACAAGCUAAGGUUGCUGAGAAAGUCAGAGGGACCGAUGAUAUGGAGCGGAGUGAGGUGUCCUUACCUGUUGGCUUGGUUGGAGAGGUGCCGCCCUUGGUCUCCUCUCCAGGGAUGACUGCCUCAGAGGGCAAUACCUAUAUGAUGUCUUCCGGGUCCGAGGAGCUACUCGGUGACACUGGAGUGCCUUCAACUAGACUAUUGGAUGAGCUCCUAAGCAGUUUCAGUUGCACAGCACCACGGUCCUUGCUUGUAGAACCGAUUCAUUUGCAGAUUGAAGGGGCAUCUACUUGUUCCGGAAGGCGUAGUAACCGUUUGGAUAAAAAGAACAAAAACUGCAACAUUCCUACUGCCAAACACGCUGAAUAUAGGUUGGCGGAGGCUUAUGUGGAACUACCGAAGGGAAUGACAUCUAAGAAAGCCACCGAGGAGGAGGUGCAAGAGAAGAGAAGAUGUAUAAGAAAUCGCUUACGCCAACGGCGGUCCAGGCAAUCCGUGCCUUGGUGGAAGUCAAUGUUUGAUCUCAUUUUUCAGAAGGUUAGGCGCAAGUACACGGCUAGUUGCAGGCAUGUUCUUGAGGUUGCAAAGGUUGACUUGGUUGGGUAUGUUGUGUUGUCGGUGGUCUUGGGCUUAGGCACCCUUGUAUCUGGCUCGGACGACGUCCCUUGA